AUGGAGGACCGUAAGCGUCCUGCUAUGAGCAGCGCUGAUGACAUGGCCCCUCCUAGUAAACGACAAGCCGUCAACGGCGGUAGUAAAUCUAAAGAUGAUACCGACGCGAAGGAUGAAGCCUGGAUCGAGGACUAUCAAAAAGAUGCUAUCUACCGACAAAUGCUCGAGUAUAAGCGCGAGAAGAAUACCCUUGAGACUCAACUGGGCGAGGUCAAGAAGCGAUCAACACACCAUGACGACCACAUCCGAAUUGUCGACAACUGGUGGAUACAGUUACUUCAGGAGAUAGAGUUACUAGUUGAAGGAAAUGUGCCUUUCCAACAAGGAUCUGAUAGCCAACCGUUUCCUACACAAACCCAAUUCAAAGACCUGGAGGAAUUCGAGUCACACUUAAGCGAGAAGACUUCAACUAUCAAGAAGAUGGUUGAGGCGAUACUCAGCCGUCUUAAUGGGACUCGUAGUAAGGUAGCUCCUGACAUCACAGACUUAGAGAAGAAGGUCAAUGCGCUCCUAUCCCAGCAGAAAGAGUUUCUCGUCAAACUCGACCGUCUCUCUACCGACAAAGAAAGCCUUUCCGAGCAACUGAACAUCGCGACACUUCGCUAUAUGAAGGCAGAAAGAAGGCUCGACCGGGCUAAAAGUGCUCAAGUACAGAAGCUUGAGCAACAGGCAUUAAAUCAUGUAUCUACUCGACCUGUGGGUAUGGACCAAGAGAAUGGCUUGUCUCCCGAUGAGAGUAAUACGAACAGCGAGGCAUUGCAGUUAGCCCUCCGCGAAGCCAAGGCUGUUGCAGAGCGGCAAAAGGAACAGCUAGAAUCCGCGUUGGCUCAAAAUAAGAGCCUACAAGAAGAGCUUACUUCUGUGCAGACCCGGCUAACGAACUUAACCGAUGAGGACUACUCCCGCACCGAAGUCUUCAAGGUGUUCAAGAGCCAAAUGGAAGAUCUUCUCCGCAAGGUUAACAGUCUGGAAGCAGAUAACAAGAGUCUCAGAGCGGCGGCCGAAAAAUUGGAAGCCGAACGCGAGUCUAGCCGCCGAAAGGUCGAGAGUGAAGCGCAGGCACUAAUUGCAGAACUCGAGGACCAGCUUCAACAAGCAGAUACCACCCUCGCACGAGUGAGAUCCGCACGAGACGAGCUUCACGCGGACGUUACGAUGCUCAGGGCGAGCAAAGAGCAAGAUAAAACGGCCUUGGAACACAUGAAGGAGCUUGUUAGUGCUGAAGAGGACCGAAUCGCCACACUCGAAUCAGAAUUGCAAAGACUACAACCCAGCGAGGAUGUAGACAUGACACAGCGGCCGGAAAUAGACGCGCUCUCACCCGAGGAACUACGAGAGAAGUACAAGAAGCUAUUAAAGGACUACAAUUCGAUCGAGAGCGAGUUACCAGGCAUGACGCACGCAGUUAAAAAGUUCCAGGCUCUUGCUCAUAAAAAGGUCAUGGAUCAAGCGGCUAUGGAAGAACGGGUAGCUCUAGCUAUUGCAGAGAAGAGCAAAGCGGAUCAAAAGUACUUCACGGCGCGAAAGGAUGGCGACCUGAAGUUCGAAGCGAUCCAGAAGCUGCGCACCCAGAACGGCAAAAGUACAGAAAUCAUCUCGCAACUGAAAGAAGUCGAGGCCCAUAACCGAACACUCGUAACGAACUUGGAUAAACAGCUUGCCGAUCUAAAGCAGACGAAUGCUUCGGUCAUGGCCGAAAAUAGGAAGCUUGAGACGUCGAGCACCGAGAUGUCGCGACGCUUCGACGCACUCAAGCAACAAGUUACCGAGCUGGCGAAUUUGGCAAAGUCGAAAGAUUCAACUACUGCGGUCGCUAAAGAGCGAGCUGCCACUUUGGAAUCCGACGUAGAGAAGCUGAAGGUGCGCCUCGAGUCCGUAUCGAAGGAUCGCGACAAGUGGAAGGUCAAGUGCUUGAGUAACUCUUCAGAAGAAGAGGAAAUGUUAAGAAGCAUGGCAACGUGUUCAAUCUGCAAAAAGGAUUUCAAGAACACAGUUUUACGAACUUGCGGACAUAUUUUUUGCAGAGGAUGCAUUGACGAUAGAAUCUCUAACCGAAUGCGAAAGUGCCCCGCAUGUAGUAAAGCUUUCGACAAGUCGGACGCGAUGACCGUCCACCUAUAG